UUGACACAUUCAUUACUUUUUUGGCUGCUGUAAACUUAAGAGGCACACAAAUUAAAUAAAUUUUAAAAGUUAAUAAAAAAAAAGAAGUGAAAUAAAAAUAACCAUAGUUCAGAACAAACAAACAAAAAAAAAACCAUAUUAAAACCAAAUUAAAGCUGAAAUUAAAAUAAAUAAAAGAAAAACCAAAACACUAAAAAUAAGGGUUGUUUUUAUUGAAGUCUGUGUGUGUGUAUGCAGCGAUACGUUUGGCCCUGACCUGCCGCAACAAACAAAAACCGCCGGAGACAACUUGCCUGCCAGCAUCUAGGAACCAGUUCAGCUCCAAAGAGGUAACUCCAGUUUUGGCCCCAAACAUUGGUCCUUCUCCCGACAAGAAAGGUCAAGAUAUGGAUUUCAAUACAGAUUUUUGUUGCCCACUUUGUAACAGACCUCACGCCAUCCGCCAAUGCUCUCGAUUCAUUGUGAUGCCCGUGGAGCUUAAGCUUCGAGUCGUGGCCCAGUAUUUACUAUGCUACAACUGCUUGGCCCAGUCGCAUAGUCGUGCAGAAUGUAAAAGUAUAGACCGGUGCCGUCGCUGUAUGCAGGACCACAAUACGUUGCUGCACCCUUUGCCAGAAGGUCGAAUUUGGUUUCCCAUGACAGCGACGGUACGCGUGGUUACCCGUAAUCCUAUAGACGUUUUUAUCAAAGCUCUCAUUGAUCCGACUGCAGCCAGGUCCUCCAUUUUGAAAAGUGAAGCCAAUGAGUUGGGAUUUCGAGUUUUUCAGGGACGUGUUACCAUCACAGUAUACCACAGUCGCGAGGAGAAACGGCGCAUAUCUGUUGAAUGCGUUGUAGAUAGCAAGUGCUAUGGCCUAAGCCCUAUUGUUAACUUAGAAAGACCAGAUAGAUAUCCACGACCAAUAGCUGUAGAUCGCGCCAACGCCGACGUUCAUUGGAAUAUCAGUAGCCCUUAUAUGCUGAUUCUAGGAGCUGAUGUCAUGAGUAAAGUCCUGAUUGGACCUGCAACUAGACGUCAAGGACAAUUAUAUGCACAGAACACAAUUUUCGGCGUAGCGUAUUUUGGUGAAGGUGUCAAAGGGACUUAAAGCAUAUAUUUUGCUAUAAUUUGUUGCCCUUAAAAGGCGUUUAAGUAUUACUUAUGUUUUUAUAUUUUGCUAUGAUAAACAUUUAUGUUAAUGUAUAUAUUGAAUUGCAUUCAGCUAAACAAAAUGUAUCUCAUUUAUUUUUUUUUUAUAUUAAUCAUUCGAAUUGAUAUCAUAAUUUACCAUAUGUAUCUAUAAAGUAGUUUUUUUUUUCUCUUUCUUUGUAUAUAAUUAAAAGUAAUGAAUUAAAAAAAAUGCUUUAAUUUUGUAGCUCUUUAUAAAAGAAAUGAAACUAUUGUAAAUUUAUCUUAAUCUUAUUUUAUAUUAUAAUAAUGUAUUUUGCACUGCCGUUGCAAGGUGGGCGGUAUGUUUGUGUCUAUCUAGUACUCAUACACUACAUCUGUCCUUCGUGUAAAAUCCCCCCAAUUAAAAUACUGUAUGGCAACUCCCCACUUCAGUGUGGUGAGUUUGCGUUGCUCAAUAAAAAAAAGAGCUUGACACAUUCAUUACUUUUUUGGCUGCUGUAAACUUAAGAGGCACACAAAUUAAAUAAAUUUUAAAAGUUAAUAAAAAAAAAGAAGUGAAAUAAAAAUAACCAUAGUUCAGAACAAACAAACAAAAAAAAAACCAUAUUAAAACCAAAUUAAAGCUGAAAUUAAAAUAAAUAAAAGAAAAACCAAAACACUAAAAAUAAGGGUUGUUUUUAUUGAAGUCUGUGUGUGUGUAUGCAGCGAUACGUUUGGCCCUGACCUGCCGCAACAAACAAAAACCGCCGGAGACAACUUGCCUGCCAGCAUCUAGGAACCAGUUCAGCUCCAAAGAGGUAACUCCAGUUUUGGCCCCAAACAGCAGUUACUAACCCAAAAGGUAAUCUUUUGAAUUUAUAGCAUCCGAAAGGUGUACUAAAAGCUACUUAAUUACCAGAUUUAUUAGUUAAAGGUACACGCCGAAAUUCAUCUUUUAAAU